CACUCCAGCCCUGCAGCACAUGUGCACAGUAUGUACACGACCUGGAGGCGGUCCUCCACUUACUGUGACAGAAUGAUUGAGACAACAGACGCAAAAUAAACUGGGCUGCUGGAUUAAUGCGUGUUUAUUACGUAGUGAAGGGGAGGGGGCGAGCUGCGGGUCCUCCAGUUCUCCGAACACCGACCCGACAAUAAAUGGUUUAGCGUUAGCACCGCUAACGCUAAACCUCCAAACAACUAAUGUUCUGGAUUGCUUCGCCGAACAUGAAAAUGUCCUAAACACGCGUGUCUCCCAGGAGCUGUGGGUGAGAGCAAAGCGCAGAAGUAAACACGAGACUUGAACUGUCGUUAGCCCCGCUGGAGCUCUCCAAACAUGCCUGAGGUUCGGGACCUUUCUGAGGCUUUGCCGGAGAUGUCCAUGGACCCCAUCACUGGAGUUGGAGUGGUUGCCUCUAGGAACAGGGCACCCACUGGAUAUGAUGUGAUAUCUACAACAACAGAUGGCCUGGAUGCUGACCUGUGGAAAGAUGGCCUUUUCAAAUCCAAGGUGACUCGUUACCUUUGCUUCACCAGAGUUUUCUCAAAAGAAAAUAGCCAUUUAGGUAACGUUCUUGUGGACAUGAAACUGAUUGACAUAAAGGACACUCUGCCAGUGGGUUUCAUCCCGAUCCAGGAGACUGUUGACACUCAGGAGCAGGCCUUCAGGAAGAGGCGGCUCUGCAUCAAGUUUAUUCCAAGAGACUCUACUGAGGCAGCUAUUUGUGACAUCCGCAUCCUGGGACGCUCCAAGCAGGCGCCUCCUCAGUACACCUUUAUAGGUGAGCUCAACAACAUGGGAAUCUGGUAUCGCAUGGGGAACGUGCUUCGUGCUCAGGACUCGACGCACACGCCGACCACCAACAACGUCCAAAAUGUCAACUCUUCCACAGUCCCAGCUCCGGUUCUCGCCGCGCCGAUGCCCAAGCAUAUUUCCAUGACUCUACCUGCCAGCUUCAGAGGGAAGAACACCACCAGACCAGACUAUGAGCACCAGAACUCCAACCUUUAUGCUAUCUCAGCAAUGGAUGGAGUGCCUUUCAUGAUUUCUGAGAAGUUUGCCUGCGCCUCUUCAGAUCUGCAGCAGGUGGACCUUAUGGGCAUGACAAUCAAGUCACUGGCUGAAAUUGAAAAAGAGUAUGAUUACAGUUUCCGCACCGAGCACAGUGCAGCAGCUCGCCUCCCCCCCAGCCCAACACGGACCUCCCUGAGCUCCGAGGCCUGAGCUUGUACUCUUUAAACAUCUCCAUGGACAUCGGCAGGAGAACGCUGUACACAACUA